AGGAGAAUAGGCCCCGCCCCCUUUUCGGCGGGCUCUUCUCCCGGAGUUUGUGAGAUCUGGCAGGGGUUAAAUACAUCCAUAUAGCCUCAAGGGCUAUAUGUGAUGUAUUUUAGCCAUAAAAAAGGUAUUAUACAUUGCUGCCCAGGGCGCCCCCCCCAGCGCCCUGCACCCUCAGUGACAGUUGGUGACUGUUGGUGAAGUGUGCUGACAACAAUGGCGCACAGCUGCAGUGCUGUGCGCUACCUUAUGAAGACUGAAAGUCUUCUGCCGCCUGUUUCUGGAGCUCUGGACCUCUUCAACUUCGGCAUCUGCAAGGGGGGUCGGCGGCACGGCUCCGGGACGAACCCCAGGGUGAGACCUGUGUUCCGACUCCCUCUGGAGCUAAUGGUGUCCAGUAGCCUAAGAAGCAAAUCCAUCCUGCACGCAGGAGAGCACACACCAAAAAAUGCCAUUCACUGUGAUGUAGCCAAAGUCCACCAAGAAAUUCCUAAGAACAGCCAAAAUUCUGCAAAGUGUGAACAAGAACCCAGUGAGCCAUCCAAAUCUCAAAAUGAAUACAUGAAAGACCAAUCACAGAGAAGUCAAGAAGAAUCAUCCAAACACAAUGAAGAUGAAUUAUGCAAACUACACCAAAAAAAGCUGCCAGCCAAGAAAAAAGAUUUUUUUAACCUUCACCAGAAUGAAUCUGCUAAAAAUCAAGAAGAAUCCACCAAGCACCAUGAAAUAGAAAUUACCAAGCAGCACCACGACGAACCUUCCAAGCUCCAACAGGAUCAAACUUGUAAACAGCAUGAGGAACCUGCCAAGCACCAACAGGAUAACAUGGAUAGUAUCCAUGCCAAGCACCAACAGGAUAAAACUUCUGAACACCAUGAGGAACCUUCCAAGCACCAACAGGAUGAAACUUGUAAACACCAUAAGGAACCAGCCAAGCACCAACAGGAUGAAUCUUUUAAACACAUUAAGGAACCAGCCAAACACCAACAGGAUGAAACUACUAAAAAACAUGAGGAACCUUCCAACCACCAACAGAUUGAAAGUUCUAAACACCAUGAGAAACCUUUCAACCACCAACAGGAUGAAAUUUCUAAACACCAUGAAGAACCUUCCAAGCACCAACAGGAUGAAACUUCUAAACACCAUGAAGAACCUUCCAAGUACCAACAGGAUGAAACUUCCAAACACCAUGAGGAACCUUCCAAGCACCAACAGGAUGAAACUUGUAAACACCAUAAAGACCCAGCCAAGCACCAACAGGAUGAAACUUCUAAACACCGUGAAGAACCUUCCAAGUACCAACAGAUUGAAAGUUCUAAACACCAUGAGAAACCUUCCAACCAUCAACAGGAUGAAAUUUCUAAACACCACGAGGAACCUUUCAAGCACCAACAGGAUGAAACUUCUAAACACCAUGAGGAACCUUCCAAGCACCAACAGGAUGAAACUUCUAAACACCAUAAAGAACCAGCCAAACACCAACAGGAUGAAUCUUCUAAACAGCAUAAGGAACCAGCCAACCACCAACAGGAUAACACUACUAAAAUCCAUGAGGAACCUUCCAACCACCAACAUAUUGAAACUUCUAAAUACCAUGAGGAACCUUCCAAGCACCAACAGGAUGAAACUUGUAAACACCGUAAGGAAUCAGCCAAACACCAACAGGAUGAAGCUUCUAAACACCAUGAGGAAACUUCUAAGCACCAACAGGAUGAAACUUCUAAAUGCUGUGCGGAACCUUCCAAGAACCAACCGGAUGAAAUUUGUAAACUCCAUGAGGAUCCUUCUAAGCACCAACAGGUUGAAACUUCUAAACACCAUGAGCAACUUUUCAAGCACCAACAGGAUGAAACUUCAAAACACCAUAAGGAACCAGCUAAGCACCAACAGGAUGAAACUUCUAAACACCAUGAGGAAACUUCCAAUCACCAACAGGAUGAAACUUCUAAACACCAUGAGGAACCUUCUAAGCACCAACAGGAUGAAACGUCAAAGCACAAACAUGGAGAACUCCCCCAAAUUAAAGUACAGGAAUGGUCAGAAAUUCCCCAAAUUGAACCUCCUAAGCUACACGAAGAAGUACUUCAUACCCACCACCAGGUAGAACCACACAAACACCAAAUAAAUGAAACUUACAAACACCAAGAAGACCUUUCCAAAGACCACAAAGUAAAAACUCCCAAGCACAGUCAAGAGGAACCUGUCAGGGCACACCAAAGGGAGCCUUCUAUGCCUCACCAAGUAGAAUCUUCCCAGGACCACCAAGUGGAAUCUUCAAAGGCUCACCAAGUGGAACCUCCGAGGCAUCACCAUGGGGAGCAUUCAAGCCAACAAGUUGAUUCUUCCAAGUCUCAUUCCGUGAGUGAACAUAAACCCCUGAAAGCUAUUAAAGAUUCCCACAAGGAUUCCUCGCCUGCAGCCAGUCACCCAGCACAUUUGAAAGAUAGAAAAAAGUGACCUCCUAAAUAUGAAACAUUUCAUCCUCGUUUUUGGACAGUACUGUACAAGUAAUCCCGCUAACUGCAUUCUCAGUAUUUAUUAACAUUUUUGUAAUAUAUAUUUUCAUAUUUUCUUGCCUGCCUUUGAUGCUUUCUAUUGUCCAAUAUAUUUUUAUUUUAUGUGAGCUGGGCCUUUUUCCUGAUUUCUCUUUAAAUAUACAUGAUUACAUUUAUGAUCUUAUGUUUGUGUUGAUGGUAAUUUAGUCACUUUAUUAUGUACUUUUUUAUAUACAUCUUGGCAAUUAUAGAAUGUUGGAAUUUUUGAUUAGCUGAAAUUCUCUGUACACAGAUUGCAGACUGAGCCAAUACUGUACCUUUUAUUUUGUACAGUAGAUGCUCUAGCUAUAGUUUAGAGUAUAAACAUUAAAAAUAACAAUAGUUGUAUUACCAAAGGUAGUAUUGACUAUGUAUGAAUUCAGUUGUAUCUUCUAGCAGUCUCUUAGGGGUCCAUUCAUAAUGUUAAUAUUGGGUGCCGGUUGGCUACCAAAAAUUAAGUAUCCAAGUAGCAGCGAUGGAUACAAAUGUAGCAGAGCUAUUCUACAUUCCGUCGGUGCAGUGACAGCUGAUUCACAGACUGGAGCACACAUGUGCGCACAAGAACCCUAUGUUCGACGGAAUGAGACAAACAGGGGCACAGAGGGACCUGAUUGGAUCCCUCUUUGCAACCCUGGAUCUCUUUCCAAUAGGAAAGAGCCAGGGUGUGGGAACAAAUACCAUCUGAAUAUGUGAAAGGCUGCCACUAUCAAACUCUGAACAUUUUGUAUUUUCAGAGCUUGAUGAUUUGAGGUCCACAUAUCAGUGUAUGGGGCAGCUGGUCAGAAUGUCAGCUGAAAGGUAUAUACUGUAUAUCUCCUGCAUAACUUACAAUGAAUUGCCUCAAUACUUAACAUUUUCACCUACUUUUGCAGAAAUUAAGGAUUGAUGAAUAGACCAAUUCUUCAGAACAAAGAAAAAAUAUUUGCCACUACCUUUUUCUGAGAUCAUUGGAUGCACUGUAAUUUAAAAUUUUGGUAGACUUUUGCAAAACUGGAGUAACAUAAUCACUAGCAGCAGAAUAAAGGAUCUGAAUAGGCUUUUUUACAAUGUUACAUGGAAAUUUCCAACUGUAUGUACUGAGGCGUACAAACUAAAAAUGUUAUGGUGUGAGCAAAAGGCCAAGGACUGCUAUAUGGCCUGGAGCCCCUUUCUGUCGCAUUUGGUGUCUAUUUUACAACAGUUGUAACAGUGACUUUAGAUAUAUCACUUGGCCAACCCUAGUUUAAUAGUUAUUGUAUUCUCAGGGUGGAUUGAUGAGUUUCUGAGGGAAUUAUUUCAUAGGGCAUUUUGUUCUGAUUUGUGAUGUGUCAGCAUGUGUA